AUGGCGGCGGCUGCCGACGCGGCCGGCAGGCAGGCAGUAGAGAAACAGCUGAAGAUCUGUGGCUUUAAGAGGAACGUGGAUGUCUUGGUGUUGUAUCUGGCUGGACAAGGACUAAGGAGUAUUCCAAGUCUGUCACUGUUUCAUAGGUUGAGGUAUUUGUGGAUUAACAACAAUAAGGCACUAAAGAGUAAGGAGAAAUGGCCUGUUGACUGUGAAUAUGACAAAGAUGGAGAAAUGCCAUGCUGUAUUACAGGUGUGUGUGUACCCACACUACAAAAAAUUCAAGAUUUAAGUUUCUUAAAAAAAAACUACUGUUUGACUGAGCUCUACCUCAACAACAAUGAACUCACAGAUAUAUCAGGUGCUCUGAAAAACUUGCAUUCAUUACAGAUUCUGUUGCUUCACAACAACCAGUUAAAACAACUUGGUGAAACAGUGAAGGAAUUAAAAGGAAUGAUAAGCUUGCGGACCCUAAACCUGUUUUACAACCCUCUGGCAUAUGAUGCAGGCUACCGUCUCUAUGUGAUACACAGCCUCCCUUCAGUGCAGCUCCUGGACAGGAAGCCAGUUACACGAAGAGAAAGGGAGUUGGCAUUUCCUGUCUGUAACUGUGAAAGGUCCAGCGCUGUGGAGUCGAUUGCUUUCGGGAAGAGAGUGGACUCAGUGCCAGGCACUGCCAUCAGGCACAGCAAGGGCCCUCGGCCAGCCAGGAGACUGGUGGUGCCCCCAGGUCGGGAAUUUGGAAAUCACACAAAUAAAGUUCCAUUUGAGAACCCAGAAGAUGCUGUUUUACUACGGGCAAUGAGAAGAUCUAUAAUGGAAUUUUCCUCUAUUGACUGGAACAAAGUACCCACCUGUCGAGACAGAGGGCUUAAACACAAAGCAGAGGAAUCCCCUGAGAAGCUGACAAUCCAAUUUAGAUGACUUCUUUCUUCUUUAAGAAAAACACUGCUCCCCUGUCUAAAGUAGAUGGAAGCAUCUUACGUAAGUUACCAUCUCUAUAAUGUAACUACACUAAA